AUGCUCCAUGGCCACCCUAGUUCGUUCAUAUCGGGUCUCAUGCACUCGGCCUACAUUUCAUGUCAAAAUGAAUUCGGCAACGGCAGUGAUAGAAGGCGCAAAACCAUCAUACGCAACCAUCUACAGGAUUCACGCUUCUUUCCAAAGCAUGCUCACGUUACGCGUGUGGAAUACAACAAGGUUUUGUCUGAGUGCUUUGAUACCUUACAGGGUAGGGUCAAUCAAGAAAUCGAAAGUCUUAUAAGAGAUUUUCAUUCCGUUGUGGCCGACGAGGGACAGAUACACGAGGCGCAGCAGGCUCCUGAAUUAGCGUGGGCGCUGGGUGAGAGGGUUGAGAGGACUGAGGGCGCUUUAAACAAAACCUAUCGUGUAUUGAAGGAGCUAAGGAACUAG